AUGGAUUCCGAAAGCAAUAAUGGAGGUCCAUCGGCUGAGCGACCUGUCUUAGCUUCUCGCGCGUGUGACAAUUGUCGUGUCCGUAAGAUCAAAUGUGAUAGAGCUUCUCCAUGUUCAAACUGCCGGAUCGCGAAGAGUAUCUGUCGAACCUCCCCAAGAGUAAAAGAGCAGCGCCAGAGGGUUUUGAUAUCGCAUCAAUACGAGAAGAAAAUAGAGACCAUAGACGAGAGGCUUACGAGCAUUGAGCGCCUUCUACAAGAUCUCGCGUUAUCCAUCCCGACUUCAAGCCAAGCGCCACCCAACACCCGACAGUCAAGCGACCAUUCACGACAAAAUGACGGCGCAAAGGUCCGUUCGGUCAUCCAAAAAUCAGAGGCAACCACCCCGAGUGCGCAUUUUGAAGGAGAAUCCGCCCUCAGUGCGCAUUCGGUUCUUGCAAGUGCUAUUUUCGAACAGACGAUGGGAAGUAGUCCGAAUAUAGAGCAGAAUCCAGCCAUGAUCCAAGCCCUAUCGUCAUUGCGAGAUAUUGUGAAAGGGCAAACUCGUCCCUGUGGGAUGCAUGUACUGCGAUUUCCUGGCCAGUCACCGGGGAAAAGACUUGAUCUCUCUCAGCUGGAGCUACCCCCCUUGGAUAUUGUCCUUUCAAUGCUUCGGCUUUCGAAAGGCAUGCCUCUAUUUAUUCCCUUUGCAGCAAACCUUAACUUACUUGUCCUAGAUCAUUAUCCUAUUUUUUUUCUCACCGUUCCGAUGUUGGAUUUGCCGUCCUUCACUCAACUUUGCAAAGAUUUAUAUUUUUGCACCGACGAGUACUCUAGUGCCCAGUUUGCUACUGUUAACUGCGCACUUUCGUAUCUUUUCAAAGAAUACACAUAUUAUGGACCGAAUGGCACAUUAAAGGACAAAUUUAACGAAUACUCUGAUAUGUGUAGAUUGAAUUUUGAAACCAUUAUUAGCAGUUUUGACCUGUUUGUGGAGCCAAACUACGAUAAUAUUCUAGCGCUCGCUUUUGGAGCCUUUCAUGCAACUGAACUUUCCAAAACUUCGCUUUGUUGGAAUUUCACUGCCGUGGCAGCUCGAAUGUGCCAGAGUUUGGGCUAUCACCGUACAUUCCCCAGAAGGGACGAGAGUGGAGGGGAUACUCCUACCAAUGUUACAAGAGAAAGAUCACUUUUUUGGUUCAUAUAUAUGAUGGAUAAAAGCAUGUCUUUAUGUUUGGGCAGAACCUCUACUCUCCAGGAUUAUGAUAUCGCGGUUGAAUACCCGGAAUUGCCAGAUGAUCCUGGCCUACGCCCCUGGCGCCUGCUUUACCAAUAUUGGACUGAAUACAGCAAAAUUGUGGGCAGAGUCUACGAACUUCUCUUCUCUGCCCGGGCGUUAUGCGAUAGUGCGGCAGAACGUUCGAGGAAAGCCCAGAAGCUCGAGGAAGAAAUCAAAGAUUGGCGCACCACAAUGGCCCGAUUUGAACCAGGCGACGCAUACCACGCUUUCUUUUUUGGUUGGAUGAUCCCAGGCGCAGACCUGAGUUACUAUUUGCUUCUUACUUUGGUAUAUCGCGCGCUCCCGCCUACACAACCGCCAGAAACUCCGUCCGGCCUGAGUUUACUCUGUGUAGAGUCUGCUAGACGAGCCCUACAACUUCACCAACAUGUCAUGUUGACAUUUCGUGCGAAAGACACGUAUGUGAUGAAAGGAUAUGUAGAUUGGACCAUUUUGCAAUGCCCUUUCGUUCCCUUCCUGGUAAUUUUCUGUCACACCAUAUCCUCGGGUGACCUGGACGAUUUGAAAUUGCUCGAAGAGGUCGCAACCAGUCUACAGGCUGCAGGGAGUCUUUCAGAAGGUGCUGAGCGAUUGUAUCGCUUGUGUAUGGUGUUCUAUCAGGUUGCGAAGGUAUACGUGGAUGCAAAACGCCAGGAAGUUGAGAACACAAAUACCACCUCGGAAUACCAACCAAUUGCUUAUCCGGGUGAGCAAUUCGACAGUUAUUUGAACGCUCUUGGCCUGGGACCGUCUUUGGCACCUUCAAUGCUAAGAGGGCAUGCCGAUAUUGGCAAUAAUGACGGCGUAGAAGCAAUUCCUGAACUUUUUGACGUUGAGAUGGCGCAGUCUUUAGAAGACUGGUAUUUGGGCAACAGGCAUAUGAUGGGAUUGCUAGAGUCGGACUUUUGA